UCACGUGAUUGUUCAAAAUGGCGGCACGUUUGAUUGAUUGUAUGAAAGAAAGAGAUUGUACUUGUAUCUUGGACCACGGUAUAUUUGUUUAGCGGACAGUUGAGUGUGUGUGCGGUCAAAACCAUGAUAAUUUAUGGUAGCCUAAGAAUAGACUCGGUUAAUGCAUUUCAUAAACGUCAUUGCGUGGGAACUCGCAAAAAUAAUGAAACUGGUGCUGAAGGGGUUGUUGUCGACACAGGGAUCUUAGUUCGGACUCCCAGGUAAAUCUCUGCAGUGAGCAGUUGAGAUGCCAGCACUGACAAAAGAUUAACCAACUGAGACAUAAGAGCCAGCACCAUCAACAUGGUUCAUGAGAUCGAGGACUUCUAUGGCGUGUACCUCCUCUACAACUUGAACCCUCGGUACAAGGGGAGGACCUAUAUUGGGUACACUGUGGACCCCAACAGGAGGAUCAAGCAACACAACACAGGAGCACAGGCAGGAGGAGCGUGGCGCACAGAUGGGAAAGGACCCUGGGAGAUGAUCUUGAUUAUCCAUGGCUUCCCAAAUGACAUCUCAGCAUUACGGUUUGAGUGGGCGUGGCAGCACCCAGACAAAUCAAGGCGUCUCCGGCAUCUGCCAAAGAAAACUCGCAAAGAGACAGCACAUCAGUUCCGAUUCCGAAUUGUUUCCGAAAUGCUCCGAACAGGUCCAUGGAAUCGGCUUCCACUUACGAUCCGCUGGCUGAAGCAAGACUACUGUCUGGACUUUCCGCCUGCGAGUGCCCCGCCUUCACACAUGCCGAUCGUGUAUGGCCCUGUGAAGAGGAAGAAGAUCGGGAAGGCAGGGAAGGGGAAGACACAGAAGGAUAGCACAGAGGAAAAGGAUAAUGAGAGUGAGAUCUCGAGUCUCAACGUGAGACACAGGGUCUGUCCUGUGUGUUACAAGCGACUGAAGCCUAGUGACACAACAGUAUCCUGCUACCAUCCCCACUGUCAGAUGGAGGCCCACAUCCUGUGUCUGGCACAACGCUUCCUGUAUGACCCAGGUCAGGUGAUCCCAAUCGAGGGUUUCUGUGUCAAGUGUAAACAGCCCCUCCUGUGGGGCGACCUGAUCAGACACAAACGGGGCUGCUACCAGAAUCUUGCUGAGUCAUCCACCCAGGGAGAGUCGCAAGCUGACACUGGGAGUGAUACAUGGUGAUGUCAAAUCUGACUGACCUUGACACUGUUGUAGGUACACUGUUGGACAUAGGAAGAGGGCCAUGUCUGACUGACCUUGA